UAUUUUAGCCAAUAAUCAGUUUCCAACUGGAUUUGAAACCCAAUAAUCAGAAAGAUUUAUCUUGGGCUCUUGGCUAUUUUAGCCCAGUCAAACAGAAAGUAAAGCCAUUUCAUUCUACAAUUUCCACAUUUUUUUUUACUUCCCUGUUGUUUUUGUAGCAACAGUUGUCCAAAGUUAAAAGAAAAGGGAAAAGAAAGCAGAGCGGAACAAAGCAAGAGAACCGAACAAUGAUGAGCCAUGGAUUGAUCUCUGGUAGCGAUGCUCGCUUCUAUCUGUAUGCGAAAACAAUAGUUUCUAGCAGAAGAUGGACAGGUGAAGCUUGUAGUUGUGUUUUCUUCAAUACCCAGAAGGCCAGAACAAUUUUUUUCAUCGAAAAUCGUGGUGGGUCUUUCAGAACAAAAGCCGCCAUUAACGACGGAUUCGUGACUGAGAAUUCAGGGAUGAGUUUCUAUGAGUUGUUGGGCAUAUCGGAAAGUGGGACGUUUUCGGAAAUCAAGCAAGCUUACAAGCAGUUGGCCAGGAAGUACCAUCCGGACGUGUCCCCACCAGACCGGAUAGAUGAGUACACGAGGAGGUUUAUUCAGAUACAGGAGGCAUACGAGGUUUUGUCCGACCCAAGCAGUAGAGCUUUGUAUGAUAGGGAUUUGGCCAUGGGCUUGCAUCUCGCUUUCUCCUCUCGUAAGCGAUAUCAAUACGAUGAGGGAUUGGAAGAGAGAGGUGAGUGGAGGAACAGAUGGCAAUCUCAACUUUCAGAGUUGAAGAAAAGGAGCAUGUACAAGAACUCCAGGGGAAACAUGUCAUGGGCAGCUCGGAUGCGCAGGCAAAAGAAUGAAUCAUCAGCAGAGUAACCAUUUCUUGAUUUGAAAUUUGAUAUAUGUAUAUACUUAUUGAGCUUCUUGUCAAUGAAAGGUGGUUUCAGAUUAGAGAAGUUAACCUGAAACAGAAGAUUAUAUCUUCCUUUUCUAUGAAUCUAUAUGUUAGCUACGGUAACUUGUAUGAAAAGCAUAUUGUACAGAAAAUAGUAAGUUCGCUGUUCACCUGCCAUUUUACUAUGUUUAUAAAUCCUCUGUCAAUUGUUCUUUGAAUGUGAA